AGAAAAACAAAACCACAGCCAUAAGAGUUUCCAAGAAUCCACGAUAUUUUACAUCGGCGUCUGGAAUUUCUCCGCCAGAGGCCGCAUUAGAUAUCUCAUCCCCAUCUCCCUCCUCCACGCAACAUCGACACCGUCAUCCAUGGCUUCUAUCCCUCCGCUUCUAGACCCAUUAUCUCUCUCUCAAUUCCGUUCCUCCACCCUCUUCCACCAUCAUCCGCUUUCUCUAAUCUCACCCCCUCCAUCAUUUAUCUAUACUCUCCCAUCUUCUCGCCUCCUUCCAGUUUCUCGCAGACCCACUUUCACCGUCGCCGGAGCAGCUACCUUGACCGGUAAUUCCGUACCGCCAAGAAAUGGAGUCUUAAUUGUGGGUGAUUUCAUGACUACAAAAGAAGAGUUACAUGUCGUUAAGCCCACAACAACAGUAGACGAAGCUCUAGAAGCUCUUGUAGAACACAGAAUAACAGGAUUUCCUGUAAUCGAUGAUAACUGGAAAUUGGUUGGAUUGGUUUCAGAUUAUGACUUAUUAGCACUGGACUCUGUAUCAGGCCCUGCCCGACCUGAUACGGGCAUGUUCCCGGAAGUUGAUAGCACCUGGAAGACAUUUAAUGAAGUACAAAAUUUGCUAAGUAAAACUGAUGGGAAGUUGGUUGGUGAUUUAAUGACACCUGCGCCAUUAGUAGUUCGUGAAAAUACUAAUCUUGAAGAUGCUGCAAGAUUGUUACUUGAAACCAAAUAUCGCCGCCUUCCAGUUGUAGAUGGGGAGGGAAAGCUGGUGGGGAUUAUUACAAGAGGAAAUGUUGUAAGAGCUGCCUUACAAAUAAAAAAGGCGAGUGAAAUGAAAACAUAAUGUUUGAAGGAAUAGUUGCGUUGGUGAUUUUUAUGCAUGUAGCAAACUAGUAAUGAAAUUAGUUCCAAAAUUUUUGGUAAUUUGUAAUAAAACUUAAUUUUUUAUUUGUAGAUCUACUAUAAUUAUCCAAUUGAGAUCAUAAUGUUGUAGUAUUGUUUUUCCAAACAAGUAAUGUCAUUCAAUGGGGCAUCGUUAUA